AUCGAGAAAAAGUUCAGCAGCUGUGCUGCACUGCUGAACGUGGACUCCGCCACUUUCGCGCAAGUCCCGUCUCUGCGGGCUCUCUACCCACUGUCUGUGACGCUGUUCCGUUCAGCAUAUUCGCUUUUGCUGUAGCCUUUGUCUCCUGGUUUAUCCGCUGUAUUAGACAUGGCCACCGACAAUCCAUACCUCGCGCACUUGAACCCGAAGAAGGGAGGGAAGUCCAGCGCUUCACCGACACCAGGGAACAAUCCACUGUACGGCUUUCUGCCCCGGAGGGUUACAGGGGAGCAAGCCCGAAAAGCCCUGGAAUCCGAUGUCAACCCCUUCACAAUGCAACCCCAUACACCCCAGUACAAGAAGAUUUUGGAGGCGCGGAAGAAGCUGCCGGUGUAUUCUCAGAUGGACGAGUUCUUUAAGAUAUUUUCUGAAAACCAGAUCAUUGUCAUGGUGGGAGAGACAGGUUCAGGGAAGACCACACAAAUACCGCAGUUCGUCUGCUACUCCGACCUACCACAUACGAAAGGAAAGAUGGUCGCAUGUACGCAGCCUCGGAGGGUCGCUGCUAUGUCGGUAGCAAAGCGUGUCGCGGAUGAAAUGGACGUCCAACUUGGCAAGCAGGUUGGUUACUCCAUUCGUUUCGAGGACAUGACAGAACCCGGCACCACAUUCCUCAAGUACAUGACCGAUGGUAUGCUGCUGCGAGAAGCAAUGAACGACCCGGAGUUAACCCGAUACUCCACUAUUAUCCUCGACGAGGCCCAUGAACGCACACUCGCGACAGAUAUUCUCAUGGGUCUUCUGAAGACUCUCGCGAAACGCCGCACAGAUCUGAAACUCAUCGUCAUGUCUGCUACCCUCGACGCGUUGAAGUUCCAAAAGUACUUCUCGCUCAAACACGGUGAAGUUGCCCCGCUGUUCAAAGUUCCCGGUCGCACACACCCCGUCGAAGUCUUCUACACCCAAGAGCCCGAACCGGAUUACGUCGAGGCCGCCAUCCGCACCGUGCUCAUGAUCCACCGCGCCGAGGAACCGGGAGACAUCCUCCUCUUCCUGACCGGUGAAGAAGAGAUUGAAGAUGCAUGCAGAAAGAUCAAAAUCGAGGCUGACGACCUGAUGAACCAGGACCCAGACAGCGUCGGGCCGCUGGUCUGCAUCCCCCUCUACUCUUCGCUCCCGCCGCAGCAACAGCAGCGCAUCUUUGACCCUCCCCCGCCCCCGCGCACUCCUGAUGGCCCGCCGGGGCGCAAGGUUGUCAUCUCUACCAACAUUGCGGAGACGAGUCUGACGAUAGACGGCAUCGUUUACGUCGUCGACCCUGGGUUCUCUAAGCAGAAGGUGUACAACCCGCGGAUACGUGUAGAGAGUCUGCUCGUGAGCCCGAUCUCGAAGGCGAGCGCUCAGCAGCGGGCGGGUCGCGCCGGGCGGACGAGACCGGGCAAGUGCUUCAGGUUGUAUACAGAGCGCGAUUUCAUGAAGGAACUCGAGGAGCAAACGCACCCGGAGAUCUUGCGGAGUAAUCUGGCGAACACUGUGUUGGAGUUGGUGAAGCUUGGGAUCAAGGAUUUGGUCAGGUUCGACUACGUCGAUGCGCCCGCGCCGGAGACAUUGAUGCGCGCGUUGGAGCUGCUGAACUUCUUGGCUGCUCUGGAUGAUGAUGGCAACCUCACUGCUCUUGGUGGGAUUAUGGCGGAGUUCCCGCUUGAUCCUCAGCUUGCCAAGAUGCUCAUUGUCAGCCCGGAGUUCAAGUGUAGUAACGAGAUUUUGACAAUUGUUGCAAUGCUUUCAGUUCCCAACGUCUGGGUGAGGCCUCCCAGUCAAAGGAAAGAAGCAGACGCUGCGAAACAGAUGCUAACCGUCCCUGAUGGCGACCAUCUGACAUUGCUCAACGUUUACAACCAAUAUGUAGCUAAUGGUCAGGACAAAAACUGGUGUUGGCAGAGUUACCUCUCUGCUCGUGCGCUUCAACAGGCGGAUAAUGUUCGCGCGCAGCUGCAGCGUAACAUGGAGAAGUUCGACAUCGACCUGGUCUCCAUCCAGGACUCAAACAAACUGUACACAGCCAUCCGAAUGGCCCUCGUCUGUGGGUUCUUCAUGCAGGUCGCACAUAAGGAGGGCGAGAAGGGCAAUUAUUUAACGGUCAAGGACAACCAGGUUGUGGCUUUGCAUCCCUCGUGUGGUCUCGACAAUCAGCCGGAAUGGGUCAUCUUCCACGAGUUUGUACUCACGACCCGUCCGUAUAUUCGGACUGUCACAGAGGUCCGGCCAGAAUGGCUGUUGGAGUUUGCUCCGCAAUACUUUGAUCUUAGCACCUUCCCGGAUGGAGAGACCAAGCGUGCUCUGCAGAGAGUGCUCAAUAAGAAGCAGGGUAAGGCUGCAGGUAGAGUAGACGGCACGAAUAGCGACAAACGCAUGACGAAAAAGCAGAAACGGUGAAAUAACCGGGGGUCUCGUUUCCAUUCUGGAAUGCCAACUGAUGUUCCAAUACUACAUUCUACAGUAUCUCCGCCUUGUACUCUAGAGUUCAGAUUACUUAUGUGGCCAAACUGUUAUGAUUCACAAAGAAUCUCCAUUGACGUAGGAUAAUCGAUUGCAGGCCGGGUCUUAUAAUAUAAUAAACGCG